AGAAAAACUGCAACAGAUUUUGUUCCACUGAAUCGUCUGAAACAAUCAAUAAAUUCAUUGUGAAGUAUUUUGUAGGUGAUAUUCUAGUCAGUAAAGAGGAACAUCAACAGUUCUUGACAGGCGUUCAGUGGACUGUUCAGAUGAUGUCAUGGACUCCACAAAGGAUCUCAGUGGACAGACAGACACAGGCAAGGUCAAGAGUGUCAUUCAUGGAGAAUCUCCUGAAUCCAGCUGUGUGUCCAUGAAGAGUGACCGGUCAAUGGAUGAUCCACCUGGAUUCAGUUCAGGAGCCCCUUGUGCUGAUGUGAGUGUCAUUCAUGGAGAAUCUCCUGAACCCAGCUGUGUGUCCAUGAAGAGUGACGAGUCAAUGCGUCAACCAAUUAAAUUCAGUUCAGGAGAGUCUUUGAUCAACUACAGAAACAAACAGGAUGCAUCAGAGUCAACUGCUGGGAAAGUGCCAUUGAGCUCCAUUUUUGAGGAACUUGAGCACAAAAUCAUCUCUCUGAUGAAGAAAGAGCUGAAGAGUAUCAAGAGACUACUGAUCUCAGAUUCCCCAGCAUGCUCUGAGAGAGAGGAGGAGGAUGAUGAAGGUCAGAGCAGAGUCAGAGAGGGGUUUCUGAAGAUCACACUGCACGUCCUGAAGAAGAUGAAGCAGACAGACCUCGCUAACACACUUCAAACCAAACUGAUUUCUGUGCAUCAACAAAAACUCAAAACAAAACUAAAAGAGAAAUUCCAGAGAAUUACUGAAGGAAUGUCAAAUCAAAGCAGCUCAACACUUGUGAAUGAGAUCUACACAGAGCUGUACAUCACAGAGGGAGGGAGUGCAGAGAUCAAUAAUGAACAUGAGGUGAGACAGAUUGAGACAGCAUCCAGGAGAGCAGAGACACAGGAAACACCAAUCAAAUGCAAUGACAUCUUUAAAGCCUUACCUGGACAAGACAAAGCCAUCAGAACUGUGCUGACUAAAGGAGUUGCUGGAAUUGGGAAAACUGUCUCUGUGCAGAAGUUCAUUGUGGACUGGACUGAAGGAAAAGCAAAUCAGGAUGUUCACUUCAUAUUUCCACUUCCUUUCAGAGAGCUCAAUCUGAUGAAGCACAAAAAUAUCAGUUUGAUGGAUCUUCUUCAUCAGUUUUUCACAGAUACAAAAGAAAUGAGAUCAACAUUCCUUGAUGACUACAAAGUCAUUUUCAUUUUUGAUGGUCUGGAUGAGUGUCGACUUCCUCUAGAUUUCCAGAACAAUGAUAUUUUGUGUGAUGUGACAGAAUCGGCCUCAGUGGAUGUGCUGCUGACCAACCUCAUCAAGGAUCUGCUUCCUUCUGCUCUGCUCUGGAUCACCUCUCGACCAGCAGCAGCCAAUCAGAUUCCUCCUGAGUGUGUUGAUCAGCUCACAGAUGUACGAGGCUUCAAUGACCCUCAGAAGGACGAGUAUUUCAGGAAGACAAUAAAAGAUGAGCGUCUGGCCAACAGAAUCAUCACACACAUGAAAUCAUCAAGAAGCCUGUACAUCAUGUGUCACAUACCAGUCUUCUGUUGGAUUUCAGCCACUGUUCUCCAGAGACUGUUGAGUGAAGCAGAGAGUGCAGAGAUCCCCAAGACUCUCACUCAAAUGUUCACACACUUCCUGAUCUUUCAGAGCAAACUGAAGAGCCAGAAGUAUGAUGGGAAAUGUGAGGUGGAUCUUCAGCAGGCUAGAAAGAGGAUUCUGUCUCUGGGAAAACUGGCUUUUCAACAGCUGGAAAAAGGGAACCUGAUCUUCUAUGAGGAGGACCUGAGAGAGUGUGGCAUUGAUGUCAGAGAAGCAUCAGUGUACUCAGGAGUUUGUACCCAAAUCUUCAGAGAGGAGUUUGGACUGCACCUGGGGAAGGUGUUCAGCUUUGUGCAUCUGAGCAUUCAGGAGUUUCUCGCUGCUCUGCAUGCUUUUCUUUCCUUUAAUCAACAGAAAUCAUUAGGUCUCUUCAGUAAGUUUAGGUCAUCUAUGAGUGAUCUCCUGAAGAGUGAAGUGGACAAGGCCUUACAGAGUGAGAACGGACACCUGGACCUUUUCAUUCGAUUCCUUCUGGGUCUCUCACUGAAGUCCAAUCAGACAAUCUUACGAGACCUACUGACACAGACAGGAAGCAGCUCUGACAGCAAACAGGAAAUAGUUGAGUACAUUAAGAUGAAGAUCAGGGAGAAUCCCUCUCCAGAGAAAUCCAUCAAUCUGUUCCACUGUCUGAAUGAACUCGAUGAUCAUUCUCUAGUGCAGGAAGUACAAACAUACGUGAACAGAAGAGAUAUCAAUCGUCUCUCUGGAGUCAGUCUCUCUCCUGCUCAGUGGUCAGCUCUGGUGUUUGUGUUGCUGAACUCAGAAGAGGAGCUGGAUCAGUUUAAUCUGAGGAAAUAUGAUCCAUCACAUGAAUGUCUUCUGAGGCUGCUGCCAGUGAUCAAAGCAUCCAGAAAAGCAGAUUUGAUGGGCUGCAAUCUGACAGAGAAAAGUUGUUCAGCACUGGCCUCAGUUCUCAGCUCAAACUCCUCAAGUCUGAGAGAGCUGGACCUGAGUAACAAUGAUCUGCAGGAUUCAGGAGUGAAGCUGCUCUCUGAUGCACUGAAUAGUCCUCACUGUAAACUGGAAAUACUGAGAUUAUCUGGCUGUAUGUUGACAGAGGAAGGCUGUUGUUCUGUGGCAUCAGCUCUGAGAUCAAAUCUCUCAUGCCUGAAAGAGCUGGAUCUGAGCUACAAUCACCCAGGAGAAUCAGGAGUCAAGCUGCUCUCUGAAAGACUCAACGAUCCAAACUGCACACUGGACAAACUUAAUGUGGAUCAUGGAGGAGAGUUCAGGAUUACAGCAGGACCACGCAAAUAUGUCUGUGAUCUCACACUGGAUUCAAACACAGCACACACUGAACUCAUUCUGUCUGAGGGGAACAGGAAGGUGACAUGUGUGAGAGAGCGUCAGUCAUAUCCUGAUCAUCCAGAAAGAUUUGAUUGGUAUCGUCAGGUUCUGUGUAGAGAGAGUCUGACUGGACGCUGUUACUGGGAGACUCAAUGGAGUGGAUAUGGUGCUGAUAUAUCAGUGUCAUAUAAAGAAAUCAGCAGGAAAGGAGAGAGUCGUGACUGUUGGUUUGGAUUAAAUAUAAACUCCUGGAGUCUGGAGUGCUCUAAUAACACAUUCACUGUCUGGCACAAUAAUAACAGAACUGACAUUCGUCCCCUUCACACGACUGUAAGAGAGUAG